UGGGUGAUCUCGAAGCGGAUCAAUCGUUGCGUUUUUUGUCAUGCGCCAUGUUCUAACUUUACGUCGCAAGAACAACUUCCGUCCAAACUUCAGACAAGAUUUUAACAUAUUGCAUGGCCCUGACGAGAACAAAUUCAUACACGAGACGCCAUGGGAAGGGAAAAACCUUAGCCUGGUAAGGUUACUUUUGAUUAUAAAGUGUCUGUAGAGCGGACAGGUAUAGCCGGGACGAGUUGUCCAGUAGUGUGUAAGGUAACGAUGUCAACACAGAAAGCGUGGAGCAGCGACAGGUAGAACGGAUUCCAGUCGUCCUCUCCUCGUUCAUCUUUAAGUAGCUUUUUUAUACAAUAGGUAUUAGUUUAAUGUUAUUGACGUAUAUUGGGUCAUCUGUUUUGAUAGAGAUGACAUUUUCGAGAGGACCGAGUGUGCUGGUAUAAGUUUGACAUUCCAAUGUGACGAUUUCAUGUCGACGUAAUCAAAAGGGGGCGGGGCUUAAAGCGCCCACUGGGAAGUGCCGUUAUCCUAAACCAUAACGGUAGUUUUACCUGUGUGUGACGACAGGAGGAUUUGUAAAAUAUCAAAAUGGUUUAGAGGAAAAAAGUGAUUUGUGUUUUAUACACAAACAACUGUGUCAACAUGGAUUAACAAUAUUUUUGCUGGGAUUUUCUUAUUUAAAUUUUUAGUUUAAUCGUGAUUUCCAGUGUGUGACAAUUUGUGUAUUCUACUAUUCCCGAGAGGAUAUUGAGAAUAAGCAAGAAAAAUGAAUGGGCUCAACUCUAGUUGUAGUCAGAAUGGUGGUACAAUGAAGGGAAGUGGAAAUAGUAUACCCGCAUUACGAAUACAGCCCGACACCCCCGUGCCACCAUCAUGUGGCACUACACCCAUUCCUCCCCUUGGGCAGGACAAGACGAACAUUCAGUUACCAGCCCUGUCCACGACCCGUAGUGUGGUAAAUCAAGGCAAACCCUCACAGAAUGGAACUACGCCCCGGGGCAUGGGACAUCACCAAGCCAACAGCUUCUUCCAAACCCGCCAUAUCAAAUCUGAUAUGAAUGGAAUGAUGGGACCGAUGUGUAUGGGGAUCAAUCCACGCAACCGCUCCAUGGGGCACCAGGUCCAGCAACCCAGCAACCAGACAAUACAGCAGCAGAACCUACACAUUCCCAACCGUCUGGAGACGUCCACCCCUACGCCCAGUGAAGUGUCCAGCAUCCGGUCAACUCCACGACCCUCUGCACAGACCCCAACUAUGCAGGACCGUGUGACAACGCCAUCUUUUAAUGGGAAUGACAAACAUGUUUUCUUAGAGCCGUUCCCAGUCACCAAGAGUGAAUGGAACCCGUACAAGCCUUUGCCACAAGUCCACCAUGGCAGCAACGGCACCUCUGUUACUACAGCAAGUGAAAUGGACCGCCAAUCCAACUGCUCCAAUGGUAUGAUCCCAAGUGCCACCUGCUCUUUAUCGCCCUACCAACACAUGGAGACAUCGCCAUCAGGUUCCAACUUCACGUCAAGUCCACGCAACUCAGCACAUGUACGGAUGCAUGGAACGAAACGUGCUCUGUCAAUCUCCCCAAUCGGCUCAGAUGGAGUGGACCUUUAUUCCCUUAUACGGACGUCGCCCACUUCGCUGGUGGCAUAUAUCAACGGGUCACGCAGCUCCUCCACAAGCGUGUCACCACAGCCCGGGGUCCAGCCAGGCCACUUUGGUCACUUGAUUGCACACAGGAGUAACAGGGGAGGUAGCACUGGUAGUCCCUACUCGGGAUCUGGCCUAUCCAGGCCUAGAACCCACUAUACUCCACAUAGUGGUUUUAAACGUGAGCCAGAGUUUGGUAUCAAUGAGAACCUGUCGGACAUAUUUCCCGACAUCGUCAGUAACCAGGUUGUGGUACAACAGAGUGAUGUCCCCUCCUUCGAGCAGCGUGCAAUGGAGGACAUGCGUUAUUCUCAAAUGAAUAAUUUUGGUCACCAACAUAACCACCAGCACAACAGCGCCUCAUCUGGCACCAACAUCAGCAGUAACCUGGCAGUGGUCGGGCGCCCACCCCCGCCCUACGAACAGGCCGUGGUUCAGAACCCUGCUGGGCCAACUCCGACCUCCCAACAACAACAGAUGCCACACAUGCCAACGACACAGCACCACCACCACAUCCACACAUCAGCACCUCAGCAACAACAGCACGUAACACAGCCCCUCCAACAACACAACUUCCAGCACAACAACAUGGCACCCCAGGUGGCGCCCGCUCUACAACCGCUCUCCCAGCUGAGCAACAACAGUAACAACUUGGUGAACACCAAUAACAUUAUCAAUGAAAAUAACUACAUGAACGGUGACAUGUGUGACGACGGAGAACUAGACGAGAACGGUGAGAAACAAAACAUGUGCCGGUGGAUUGACUGUAAUCUUAUGUUUAAGGAACAAGACGAACUUGUCCGUCAUAUAGAAAAGGCCCACAUUGACCAGAGAAAGGGUGAGGACUUUACGUGCUUCUGGUCAGGGUGCCAGCGCCGAUAUAAGCCCUUCAAUGCCAGAUACAAGUUACUUAUUCACAUGAGGGUACAUUCUGGGGAGAAGCCAAACAAAUGUACAUUUGAGGGAUGUAACAAAGCAUUUUCACGUCUUGAGAAUCUUAAGAUUCAUUUGAGGUCCCACACGGGGGAGAGGCCGUACGUAUGUACUCAUAUAGGGUGUACAAAGGCCUUCAGCAACUCCUCCGACAGAGCCAAACAUCAACGAACACAUCUGGAUACGAAACCGUACGCGUGCCAGGUAGCGGGCUGCAACAAACGAUACACGGAUCCGAGUUCUCUGCGCAAGCAUGUCAAGAAUCACAAUCAAAAGGACCCACAGAUAAAAAAGAAGAUGAAGAAGGAGGGAGAUUCAUUGGCGGGUCAUGGCAUGUUGUCCAACUGUUUAACAGUACAACAACUACAUGUGGACAACACCCAGACAGAAACACAGGAAACCAGAAUAGGGGUUACCGGGCCAACCACCGACCUCUACACUAUUGGUUUAUCGGACCAUUCCCCAGGUCCUGUUGCUAUGGGAAGUCCGAUGCCCAAUUCCAAUCUCAGCGUAGUCGAAGAGGAACAGGGAUUUGGAACGUAUUCUCCUGCGCCACCUCCGACACAGUUUAUGAGCAAGCGUCCAUUCCCGUCCAUUCGUCCUCCUGGCUUGCCUGCUAGUAUGCGCCAGAAUAUGGCCCAACCCUAUCAUGAUCCCAUGCAACAGCAGUAUUUGGACCACAUGAGUAACAUCUAUGAUAACAACAACGGGAACCUCAAUACGUUUCCAAAUGGUGGGAUGGACAUGCAAAGGGCCAAUUCGGGCUACAUGGAUUUCCCGGAGGACUAUAUCGCCAUGCCCUGCGCUGCUGAAGAUGCCCAGGCCAAGCAGUACCUUCAACAUCGAGCCAUCGAUCGUUGCAACAGCAGACUCAGCGCCAUCUAUGCUGAUGGAACUAAUUGAGGAUCGACUGUGUUUAGCUUUGUAGCGAAGAGUUCCACAAAAAACACUAGUGCAUACGUAGCCUUGUGUCACCAGCGAUAGUUGAAGGUCGUGGAGUACCUACCCACCAAUCAAAAAACGUGCACAGACUUUUUUUUAAAAAGAUACAGACUUUAUAAGUAGUGAUUAUGAUUAUUGUUAUGUAUUGAAUAUAAGGAACUGUGAUAUGAUUACUAUUGAUAAAAUAUAUAAAAGAAGUCUUUGAUAAUAAAGAUUGGGACGAUCAAGGAGAAAAGGGAUUCGUCAGUUUGCUAAAACAUUUAAACUACACAGAACACAUUCGACAAAUCCUUGGGGUUGUCAAGUGAAGUUACGUGAUAUGAGAAAACGCUACGAUAUGUGGCAGGUCGGAGCCCUGGAGGAGUUGCCCAAUCACAGAUCCUUAUUCUACAGGGGACACGAACCACAAGGCGAGUGCUCACUACAGGACCUGAAAAGUGAUAUGUGCAUUUUCAUAUUGUGUGACGUGUUUUUCCAGCACUGUAUGAAAAAAAUCUUGGUUGGAGUUGCAGGGGUUAAUAUGAUCGAUAAAACAAGAAAUUUAGUUGAAAUGUAUAAAGAUUUUUGCAAGUUAGAGAUAUAUACUUUGUGAACUGUAUCUGUAUAUGGUUUUUGUCACAGUCUCUUUACAAUGCAUUCCACUCAUUUUCUGAUAAGUUAAAUCAUUGUGCCAUAAGGUGUAUCAUCUUUAAAAUCGUCAUCGCAGGACAGACACUUCGUAUCAUGUCAUCAGCUGGUUUCUAUAAAACAUAUUUUGUGUUCCUUCAGUUUGGUAUUGAAAUAAUAUCCUAUUAGUUAUAUAUAUAUUAUAAAUUUAUCUUCACUGUAGCAAUUACGAUUACUCAAAAUAUUAAGAAAAAAUCUUGAUUAUUAAAAAUUGAUAGAAAUUGUAUACGCAAUUUUUCUUUGCAACUUAAAUUACGUGAUUGAUACAAUAUCUAAAUUCAUCAUCUUAAUUCUCUUCAUACAGUAUUCAUUUCAAACUUUGCCAAAAUAUUUAUUAUUUAUUUGUGAAUAAGAACAUGUGAUACUUAAUAAGUAUCCCACGUCGACUACCCAUCCUAAGUUACAGCAAUGAUGUUCGGAGGAAAGACGGUUUACCGUGCGUUGUCUCUGUAGACAGUCUGUAGCAAAGCCAAAAUCAUGAUUGUAUAAGAAAUGCAUAAAAUAUAUAUUCAUUCUUACAGAUAAAUAGCACUUAGAAUAUCAGCAUAUCUUAGAAACAAAUGUUUUUAUGCAGCAAGCACUUUGAGUAAUGCUGAAAUCAUAAGAUAUAUAUCUGUUAGUGAAUUAAUUAGCAACUUAGGUGUGUGCAGCAAGUUAACUCAUUCAUCCCUGAAGACACAUUUGAACUCCUCCAAUUCAAAGGUUGGAAUAGUUCAUUAUGGAAUUUCAGGGGUGAAGAUUGUAAGGGCCACUUCAUGUAACUAGCAAUUUAACAGCAAUGUGUUUAUUCUUUGAACUUGUAAUUUUAAUAAGAUUUUUACGAAAAGAAUCAUCGGUUGUAUGACAAAGGAUUUUUUCGUGUUUGAGCAACUACACAAAAUCAGUUGAGAAAUUCCUUAACUUAAGCAUUUUUCCAGCAUACGCCAAGAAUAUUUUCUCCCUUAGCAAGUUUGGUCUUUUCAGCAAUUGAGAAAAUUACAGCAUUAUAAUUGGUAUGUGUUUUAUUGUGGAUGUAUAAUACACGGAGAUAAUCAAAAGCAGGUGUUUUACCGUUACAAUCAGGCUGUCUGCAAUACUAUCCUGUGAAUCCGUCCAUCGUUAUUUAGGUGUUAAACAUUCCACUUUAUGUUGUGUACCCUUUUAAAUGUAUUCCCGACCAUAGCAUUGACCUCUACAAUCCGUAUCAGCUAGGAGCUUGUCCAUGGAAUAAGAAGGUCAGAUGACAUGUGGUUAAAGAGAAAUUAUUUUGAAACAAAGGCAGUGAUUGUACACAUUCCCCACCUGCUUACAUGUUAUAGUGAGCUAUAGUUUACAUUUUGUGAAGUAUAGUGUAAGUAUGAUGUCAAUUUAUAAUUGUAAGCUAUAGUUUAUGCAAGUAAAGUAAACUAUGGUUAACAAAUGGUGAACUAUACAGAUUGGUGCAGUGAAAUUUUAUAAUAUUACAUAUUAUUUUUAUGUUGCAUUUUGAGAUAUUUAUUCACGUUUUUUGUAUAUAACAUGGCACUCUAUCACUGUUGCUGUUUUCGUUUACUUUGGGUGCACACAUUUCAAACGACACUUGUAUAUAUAUAUAUAUAUAUUUCCACUGUUACAUUGUUGAGCUGUGAUGUUUCCCCCUUACCGUUUUUUUAAUGGCGAAUGACCCAUUCACGUAAAUCAGAAUAAGUUGUCUUAUAUUCAAAACAUUGAUAAAAUGAUAAUGUUAAUUAAUAAUAUUGUCGUUUCUGUUGAUCGUAACUAUUAUAAAUUAAUAUUAAUUUGUAUGGGUCUCAUUAGCAAAUAUGAAGUACCAGUUAUUAAGAAAAAAAAUGGAUAAUGUUUUUUUUG